CUGGUGGCGCUUACUAGCUGAGCGGCACAGCACUCGGUUGGUGAAUAACAACCAACGCAUCAGGAAACUCGCAGCCUUGUCCACGGCGGCUUCUACGAUGCGCCUGUGCUGUGCCACCUGUAGUUCAGAUGCUAUAUAUAUGUGGUAUCGAUUGUUUCUUCCGUCUUCAUGUCAAAUACAUCCUUUUAUCUUCCCCCAACCACCUCAAGCCGGUUACAAGGCUGCCCAUUAAAGAUGGCAUCUCGUACUGACCGGCUCGCCAAAUACUUCGACCUUGUCCUGAAAGGCAAACGACCCGUCGUGACCGUCGAGCAUUUCACCCUGCUCCUGGAGGCGAUUGCCGAGCAAAAUGACCGCGCAGCAUGCGUUGAGCGCCUCGUCGCCAGCCCCGCUGCCCGAACCGCCAUCCACGCAGGGAUCCGAUCCAACAUCGACCCAGACUUCCUGAACAAGCACACGGCUGUCUUUCUGCAGUACCUCGCGGCACCUUCCGUCAAGAGACUAUGCAGUGGUCAGCAUCUGCGCGAGCUUCUGGACCUGGUGGUCGAGCCGCGCACGGUGUGGACUGCGUUUCUGAGGGCCUUCCACGCCCAACGCCUCACCGAGCCGGCGGUCCAGGCCUUUGCAUGGCUCAUGAUCGAAUGUCUUACCACCCCCGCGGACGCCGCGGCGGCGGCUACCGAAAGGACCGACCUGGUGAACGAUGCCCGGACCGUGGUCGACAGUGGUGCGCUGCUGGAGUCGUCGAGAUCCCCGGAAACCCGCGCUUAUGGCCACAAGCUGAAGCAGGUGGUGGAGCUCAAGACAAGUGCAUCGUGCACGGUCGUCGAGAACGCCGAUUACGUUCCAGGCGGCCGGCAUGACAAUGACCACGCCGAUUAUCGCCAGAUCGCCAUCUAUCCCACCAACGACGAGUUGUGCCGGUCGGUCGAGACAAAACCGUUCUAUCGGCGCGCGGACGAGGUCCUGCGACUGCCUGUGGAGAAGCGGGCCGCAGGGCAUCUCGAUAAUCAGUUCCGGCUGCUGCGCGAGGACAUGCUCUCGGAUAUCCGCGAGGAGCUGCAGGCGAUGACGAAGCAAAAGAAGAAGAGGAGGCGUGGUCGGACGGUGACGGCGCUGAAGGGCUUGUCCCUGAAAGAGAUAUGCAAUGGCUCAGAGAAGCGGAUGACCCCGUGCGGCCUGGUGAUUGCCUGCCGGCAGGGCUUGGAGGCUUUGACAGCCCGCGGGGACAAGGAGGGUCGGAAGGCAUUCCUGAAGAGCGACCGCGGCUAUCUGCGCCAUCAAUCGUUUGGCUGUCUGCUCCGCGGUGGUGGUGGUGGUGGUGGUGGUGGUGGUGAAGAGAUUGUCUCCUUUGCUACAGUGGACCGGCAAAUUGAUUAUCUUCUCGAGGACGUGCCGCAGAUUGUCUUGCGGAUCGUGGGAGAUGAGGCUGUGAGAAAGACGCUGUCUUACUUCACCCUCUACAGCGACCUCAUGUUCGUCUUUGUCGAUACUGCUGUGUUCGCCUACGAGCCCAUUCUCAGACGUCUCCAGGAGAAGACGGAGCUGCCUCUGGCGGAGGAGUUGCUGGACUACCGACAUGGUAGCGAGAUCGCCCGAUCCCACACUAUUGACGAACGGCUGAUUGAGGGGCUUGAUCAGGGUGUGACCACGCUGCAGGACGUGCUGGCCACUGAGAACCCCAUCAGCCUCGAUGCAUCUCAGAUGCAGUCGUUUGUCUCCGGCCUCACGCAGAAGAUCAGCUUGAUUCAGGGCCCACCAGGGACUGGAAAGUCGUUCGUCGGUGCUCUCAUCGCGAAAGCCCUGUUUGAUCACAGUAAAGAGGCUAUCCUUGUGAUGUGCUACACGAACCAUGCCCUUGACCAGUUCUUGGAAGAUCUGCUAGACGUUGGGAUUAGUUCAUCGGCGAUCGUUCGACUGGGCUCCAAAUCAUCUCCACGGACGGCGCCGCUCAAGCUCUCUGAGCAGCAGGCCAGCUAUAGGCGGACCCCGGCUACGUGGCGGAUUCUCGAUGAGAUCAGGGGAAAGGCUACGGACUUGCGUGAAGCUCUCGACGGCGCGUCUGGCACCUAUUUUAACUUCAAGAUUAACCCCGACACGAUCCUUGAAUACCUGCAGUUUGAGGAGCCUGACUAUCAUGAAGCAUUCACCCCUCCAGAUGACCCCGACGGGAUGACUCUCGUCGGUGAAGGCGGCAAGGCAGUCACCUCUCAUUACUUAUACAGUCACUGGGUGCAAGGGAAGAACUACCCCACGACAAUCCCCAAUCGGCUCAGCGAGCAAGCCAACGGCGUGUGGCAAACGAGCAAAGACACUCGCCGGACAAAGCUGGAGUCGUGGACCAAUGUUCUGCUUGAAGAGCAGGUUGCCAAUGUCCAGAGUCUCAUGCGCAGAUUGGACAGCUACGAGACAAGGCGCGCCGAGCUGUGGAGCGAAGCAACCCGCGAAAUUCUCCGGUCGAGACGGAUCAUCGGAUGCACCACGACUGGGGCCGCAAUGCACGCUCGAGAUCUUGGUGCCAUCUCCCCGGGCAUCGUGCUUCUGGAAGAAGCCGGGGAGAUUCUCGAGUCUCACGUCCUCACUGCCCUGGGAUCCCACACUAAGCAGCUGAUCAUGAUCGGCGACCACCAGCAACUGCGACCCAAGAUCAACAGUUACAGCCUGUCGGUGGAGAAGGGAUCGGGAUACGAUCUGAAUCGGUCACUCUUCGAGCGAUUGGUCUUGUCGGGAUUCCCGCAUUCCACCUUAGCCAAACAGCACCGCAUGGUGCCUGAGAUCUCCUCGCUCGUGCGCAGACUGACAUACCCUGAGCUUCAGGACGGCGACAAGACGAUGAACCGACCCGCCCCGAGGGGUCUGCAGGACCGGGUCAUCUUCAUUGACCAUCGCCAUCCGGAGGGGAGCUUCGGUGGAGUGGCGGACAGGAACGACAGCGGGGGUAAAGCAAGCAAGCAGAACGCGUUCGAGGUGCAGCUGGUUCUCAGAAUCGUUCGAUAUCUCGGCCAGCAAGGGUAUGGGACUGACAAGUUGGUGGUAUUGACUCCUUACCUGGGUCAACUUCAUCUCCUCCGGGAGGAACUGCGCAAGGAAACAGACCCUAUACUCAAUGACCUGGACUCCUAUGACCUCGUCCGUGCAGGACUGAUGACACAAGCGAGCGCCCAGCACAUCAAGCGACCGAUAAAACUGUCCACCAUCGACAAUUACCAGGGUGAGGAGAGUGAAAUCGUCAUCGCGAGUUUGACCAGAAGCAACAAAAACGGAGACAUCGGCUUCAUGGCGGCCCCGCAGCGGCUCAACGUGCUCCUCUCUCGCGCUCGAGAUGUGCUCAUCAUGAUUGGAAAUUCGAACACUUUUCUGCGAAGUAAGAAAGGGGAAGGGGUUUGGCGGCCUUUUGUAGAUCAGCUCCAGACGUGCGGACACCUGUACGAUGGCCUGCCCGUAAGAUGCGAGCAGCACCCCAACACACUAGCAGUUAUCCAAUCGCCUGACGACUUUGAUGCAAAAUGUCCCGACGGAGGGUGCGAACAGCCGUGUGGGACGAAACUAAACUGCGGAAUGCAUGACUGUCCUCAAAAGUGUCAUCAGCUGUCAGAUCAUUCCAAGAUGCAGUGCGAAAUGGCUGUCGAUUGGAUAUGCCCCCGCGAUCAUAAACAAUUGACACCAUGCUUCCAGCACAAGGGGCAGUGUCGUCGUUGUGCUGAGGAAGACAGGGAGGCCGAGCGCCGACGGCAAAGGGACAUGGACCUCGACGCAAAGCGACAAGCCAAGCAGCAGGAAUAUGCAUGUCAGCUAGCCCAAAUCCAAGAUGAGAUUGCCCAGGAGAGAAGACUCCAGCAAGAAAAGCGGGAUGAUGAGGAACGGCAGCGCGUUCUCCAGCAGACCCUCGACGAUCUUGAACAAUUGAGAACGCGUCGCGCCGAACGCAAGAGAGACAACUCGCCAUCUGCUGUCAACGCUGACCAGACCGGUCAGAGUCCCCAGACCCUGCCCGAUCGGAGCAAGAAUCUCGGUCAAACAGCAUCAUCAUCAUCACCAUCAUCGAAGGCUACGAUCAGCCCCACCGGGACGCAAGCUUUAUCUCCCUCGGAACAGGAAUGGACACACCAAAAGAAGUACGAAGGCGCACAGAGCAAGGAGCUAGACCAGCUGAUGGGGAUGAUCGGGCUGGAGAGCAUCAAAGCCAAGUUCCUCAACAUCAAAUCCCAAGUCGACGCCGCGGUCAGGAGGGACUCUGAUUUCCACGCCGAUCGGUACGGCUCAGUCCUCCUCGGAAACCCGGGGACGGGGAAAACCACCGUUGCACGCAUCUACGCGAAGUUCCUCACGGCUAUGGGGAUCAUUCCCGGGAGCUCUAUUGUCGAGACCACCGGAUCGCGACUCGCCAACGGUGGCGUGUCCGACUGCGAGAAGCAGCUUAACAAGAUCCUCAACAGUGGCGGGGGCGUGCUUUUCAUCGACGAGGCUUAUCAGCUGGCGCAGAGCAAUGGCCCUGGGUCCCAGGUCCUCGACUUCCUGCUGGCGGAGAUCGAGAACCUCACGGGAAAAGUGGUCGUGGUUCUGGCAGGAUAUCGACGGCAGAUGGAGAAGUUCUUUGCCCACAACCCCGGCCUCCCGAGUCGAUUCCCGCAUGAAAUCGUCUUCGAGGACUACACCGAGCCGGAGCUCCGUCGGAUCCUCGAAUUUCAAAUCAGCAAGAAGUUCCGAGGGAAGAUGAAGGUUGAGGACGGUAUGGACGGGUUGUACUGCCGGAUCGUUGCGCGUCGGAUUGCCAGACAACGGGGCCAUGAGGGCUUUGGCAAUGCGCGCACGGUGGAAAAUGUCCUCGCGCGCAUCACAGCGCGCCAGGCUGCACGACUCGCCUGUGAAAGAAGGAACAAGAGCCCAGGUCAACCGCCCGUCGAUGAUUUCCUGCUCACGAAGAACGACCUUCUCGGUCCGGAGCCUAAGAGAGCGUUGCAGGAUUGUUCUGCUUGGAGAAAGCUGCAGGAUAUGAUCGGUCUGGCCGCUGUCAAGAAUACCGUCCGCGCCUUGUUGGACAGUAUGCAGGCGAACUACGAGCGCGAGCUUAAGGAGAAGCCUCUGGUCGAGUUCACACUCAACCGCGUGUUCCUUGGGUCGCCGGGAACAGGUAAAACGACGGUUGCCAAGCUCUACGGACAGAUUCUUGCGGACCUUGGAUAUUUGUCGAACGGUGAAGUGAUUGUCAAGAACCCAGCAGAUUUCAUCGGGAGUGUAAUCGGCGGAUCUGAGCAGAAUACCAAAGGUAUUCUCGCAUCCACUCUGGGAAAGGUUCUCGUCAUCGAUGAAGCCUAUGGUUUGUUCGGCGGUGGUACUCGCGACGCCAGCGGCUCGAACUCCAAUCAAUUCAAGACAGCGGUGGUCGACACAAUCGUCGCAGAGGUACAGAGCGUUCCGGGCGACGACCGCUGUGUUCUGCUACUGGGCUACGAAGAGCAGAUGAAGGAGAUGUUCCAGAACGUCAAUCCGGGGCUUUCCAGGCGAUUCGCUAUCGAUGAUGCCUUUGAUUUUGCCGACUUCUCCGACCUCGAGCUGGGACAGAUCCUCGAUCUCAAGCUGAAAGCUCAGGGGUUUGUCACCUCCGACCAGGGCGCCAAGGUGGCGAUGGAGAUCCUCGCCCGUGCUCGCAACCGUCCGCACUUUGGCAACGCAGGCGAGAUUGACAUUCUGUUGAAUGGCGCCAAGCUCCGUCAGCAACAGCGACGGUCGGCCGGGAUCGGCAACUCUAGUCUCGAGCAUUUGGAACCUCAGGAUUGGGACCCCGAGUAUGAUCGGGCAGAACGGAACGAAACGAAUAUCCGGACGCUGUUCCAAGACACCGUCGGCUGCGACGCCAUCAUCGAAAAGCUGGAGGAUUUACGCCUGACCGUCAAGAACCUCCGAGAGCUUGAGAUGGACCCCAGGCAACAGGUGCCGUUCAACUUCCUGUUCCGGGGGCCUCCAGGAACCGGUAAGACAAGUACAGCCAGAAAGAUGGGCCAGGUGUACUACGAUCUGGGUCUGUUGUCAUCCGUGGAGGUCGUCGAAAGCUCAGCAACGGAUUUGAUAGGGCAGUAUAUCGGUCAGACUGGUCCUAAGACGCAGGAACUACUGGAGAAAUCGCUCGGCAAGGUUCUCCUGAUCGACGAGGCCUACAGACUCGCCGAAGGGCAAUUUGCGCAGGAGGCAAUGGAUGAGAUUGUCGACUGCAUCACCAAGCCCAGGUUCUUCCAAAAACUUAUCAUCAUCCUAGCAGGAUACGACCAGGACAUCAAUCGUCUCAUGACCAUCAACCCAGGCUUGACCAGUCGGUUCCCGGAAGAGCUUGAGUUCGCCAGCCUUACACCCGACGCUUGCAUCCAGCUCCUCACGAAGCUGCUCCAGAAGCAAAAGUCCGAUUCCUCGCAGAAGACCACCGGGUUUGACCUGGACGCAUUGGAGUGCCCGCGGGCCGAGUUCACCAAGGAGUUGCGGGGCCGAUUCACGAGACUCACGCAGACCGCGAACUGGGCCAAUGCGCGUGACGUCCAGACCAUCUCGAAAUCCAUCUUCAGAGCUGCGAUUAUGACCAUGCGCGACAAGACGAUCGUCAUCUGCGAGGAAGUCAUCAGCGGAGAGAUCGACAAGAUGCUGUCCGAGCGCACCAAGCGCACAGCAAACAAAUCCGUCUCCCGGAACCCUACGCUCGAUAUACUCCAAUCCCAGGGUUUCAGUCGGCAGCCAGCCUCUCCGGUGCUAACCACAUCAUACAGCCCGCCUGUAGCCUCCGAGGACGCAGCAGCCGCAACCAAGAAAGAACCCGCUGCGCCUCCAGCGACCCCGGCACCGGAGGAGACCCUUUCGGGCGCUAUCGCCAGGGACGAUGGGGUGUCGGAUGAGGUAUGGGAGCAACUAGGACGCGACAGACAAGCCGCACAGGCAGCAGACGACCGAUACAAGAGGUUGCUCGCCGACGAGCGCGAGGCGGAGAAGGCAGCUCACGACCUACCUUCCGACCCCCCCGAUUCUCCGGCCAGAUCGUCUGACCCCGAAGUCGACGCGGAAGCUAAAAAGCAGCGUGAACAGCGCCGGCUCGAAGAGCUGGCCAGACGAGCUAAGCUGGAUGAACUUCGGAGGCAGCGUGAGUUGGAGGAACAGGCCAGGAAGAAGGAACAACAGAUCCAACGGAAGCUGCGUUCGAUGGGCGUCUGUGUUGCUGGGUUUCAGUGGGUCAAACAGGAGCGCGGGUAUAGGUGUGCGGGAGGCAGUCAUUACAUCUCGAAUGAGGCUUUGGGGGUUUGAGUCGGCUUGCUGGGAUAGUUUGAGGAUGGCUUGGUUGUAGAUCAUUGAUCGUUUUUGUUUUAAGCUCAUACUCGAAGUGAAGAUGUCAAGAACGCAUGUUCUGUAUACACGAGGAUUUUUGUCCGUCAUUUGAUUUUUAGAAAUUGUGCAAAGCCUGGUCAUGAUCAUCGAUUGAAGGCGAAGGGCACUUCGAGCGGGUAGAAGACGGAAGAUAUCAUUAUUUUGGCUUUGGCUUUUUCUUUUCAUUUUUAUUUUUGUUUUUAAGUUAAGAGUUUUUGAACCAGU